GAGCAUGCGCAGUGGUUGCUACCUGUCGGCGCGCUUACAAAAUGGCCGCCUGAAGCCGCUUCACGCCGUUUCUCUCGUUGCCGGGUGUGGAGUAGCCGGAGAUCUAGAGACGGGCGGAGGGUGACAGUUUGUGACCGAGGCCGCACUCGUGUCUGUGGUGAGAGCGAGGUAAUAGCUCGGUGAGGAAGUGGCGGGAGUCUGGGCCGCGGCAUGGCGGGGAGAGCGGUGUCCGGUCACCGCCUGACGGGAGGGCCUCCACACUGGAGUGCAGGCAAAAUGGCUAAACGUGUUGCAGACAAGGAGCUGACAGACCGAAACUGGGAUCAAGAAGAAGAGGCGGAAGAUGCUGGAACUUUCAGCUUGGCGAGUCAGGACGUUUUGAAGAGCAGAGAGAUUAAGAAAGCAAAAAGGAGGAACCUUGGAAGUGAGUCUGAAACUGGUGGAGCCUUCAAAGGAUUUAAAGGUUUGUUUGGAUUACCAAGCGGAGCCGCUGCUGAAUCUGGAGUGAAACCGGCACACGGUUUUACCAACGGAAAUGGCAGCACUUCCCUGUUCAGCAGCUCAAAGCCGGCAGUGGAAAUAAAACCUUCCUUUGGUUCUCUCUUUACAAAUGGUCCAUCUUCAGUCACUGACGGAACGUCUAGCGCUGCAAGCUUCAAUGGAGAAAGACCGUCAUCUACCUCUAGUUUUAGUUCAAAAAAUGACUACAACAAACAGUUAACAGCCCUGAACUGCUCCGUGCGUGACUGGAUUGUGAAACAUGUGAAUACCAAUCCCCUGUGUGACCUUUCACCAAUCUUCAGAGACUAUGAAAAACAUUUAGUCAGCAUCGAGCAGAAGUAUGGAGGGAGCACCGACAGCGGAUCUGAGAGCGACAACUCCAAGACGACCCCGACCAUUCCCACGUUUGGUUCUCCGAAAUUGGAGGCCAAGCCGGCUUUCCAUUUUACUAUCAAAGAGAGUAAAUCUGAACAGACAGGACAGCCUACCCCGGAGAAGACUGCUCCUCCAGCGUCCAUCUUUUCAUUCAGCUCAAAGUCAGACACGUUUGGCUCUGGGAAAGCAGCGGGAUUCUCUUUCACAGCAGGGGCUGUCAGUCUCUUUGGUAAAGAUUCCAAUAAGGGCAGUACUGGGGCACCUUCACCCUCGCUCCAAGCAGACUCCAGCAGCAAGAACGAGGAUUCAGCUGUAACAGGAGGCGGGGAGGAUGAGGAGGAAGAGCUGCCCAAAGUAAUCACUCAAACUGUAACAGAAGAGGAUGCUUUCUAUUCCAAAAAGUGUAAGCUCUUCUACAAGAAAGACAAUGAAUUUAAAGAGAGAGGUGUAGGCACGCUACAUUUGAAACCUGUAGGCGAUCAGAAGACUCAGCUUUUGAUUCGUGCAGAUACAAAUCUCGGUAAUAUCUGGGUGAACAUUGUGAUUUCAUCCCUCAUGCCGUGUUCAAGAACAGGGAAAAACAAUGUAAUGAUUGUUUGCGUUCCCAACCCUUCCAUUGAUGAGAAGGAACCACCAGUUACCAUGCUGAUCCGAGUGAAAACCUCGGAGGAUGCGGAUGAGCUGCACAACAUCAUCCUGGAGAAGAAGCGAGCCUUAGAGACCAACAAAUCGGAGGGAGAGGCCAACAACUCGGGAUUAUAAUUUUUUUAUUUUAUUUUUUGCCAAGUUGCUGCUUAUGACUGAGCUUGGAGGGUUGCCAUUCAUUGAGUUCUCUAUAGACCUGCACACCUUCUAAGUACAGAAAGAUUGUUCUCAUAAGUUUUGUUUUGUCAAGAAAGGAUUUGAAUGUUAAUAAAAGCUUUACGGGAAGUGGUGUAUGGAUUGUGUGGAAUGAAUACAUGGUGCGGAUAAGUACGUCCCAUCACAAAGCCUUAGCUGGCCGUCGCACAAGAUGAGUUUACAGAGAGAUGGACGUGGUCAGCAGAAACCAUCUUGGCUAAACCUUUUUAUUUUCACUUUAAAAUCCACCUCUUGGAUAACAUCUAUGAAAGUGGACUUGUCUCCAAAAAAACAACUCUGAUGUCUUAAAUUGAAACCUAUCGUUUUGACUGCAGCUCGUUUUAAUUCCCAUCCCCCAAAGCCAGAUGUAGAGCACCCAACUAAUCUUUUUACAUCCUAUCCAAUAUUGCGGCCAUCAUUAUUGGUGUGGGGGCAGGGACAGUAUACCAAUAAAUGGCCAUAUAAGGAAGAAUUUUAGUUGUUAAUGCUGCAAAUUAUAAAAGGAUUAUGCCAAUGUA